UUAAAAUGGCCUCCAGAGGCAAGGCCCUGGGGUGUGAAUAUGAGUAGGCCGUCCCCGCCAAAGGGGAAGAGAGCCUUCAAAAUCCCAGGAUGUCUCAGGAAAACAGCACGUGUAAGAAAGGGACCCUGGCGGAAGAGUUCGCUGCCCUGAGGAUGCAGAAGCUGGAACAGCAGAGGCUGCUGUUCGAGAAGAAGCAACGCCGGAAGCGCCAGGAGCCGCUCAUGGUCCAGGCCAACCCUGACGCUUCCCUGCGGCACCGGCGAGGGUGGCGGCGGGAAGAGCGCUUCAAGGCCGACCGCGGCCUCGGGAACCCUUUCCUGCAGGAGAGCGUGCCGCAGGCACACCUGCGCCCGAAAGCGCACGGCCUGCCGGGCACCGUGGGCUACGGUGGGGACGGCAGCGGCGAGCGCUGCCCCUUGCUGUCGGCGACGGAAGCAGACAAUUCCGAACCAGAGCUGGAGGAAGUCUCGGUGGAGGACGUGCCCGCCUCUCCUCCACCCUAUAAGGAACCUCAAGGAACUCGCCGCAGGGGUUGGCUGGCCUGCCAGUGGCCCGGGGCCACCGCAGAGGACCAGAGUGAAUUACAGGAUGUGGAAGACGAACUCCAUGAGCCCAGUCCAGACACAAAGCUUGGAGUGGACAGUGGCUGGGAACGCGGGGACCUGGGCACCUGCCAGGUGACGGGAGGCACGGGCGCUCCGGAGGAGGAAGACGGCGUGCGCGCUAUUUAUCAGGGCGAAGACCCGGAGGAGAAAAAAGAGGAGCGGGGGUCUUCAGGAGUGACCUCCCCAGAGGCAGCCGAAGAGGAGGUGUCGGAACGCGAAGGAAGAGGCCCGAGCGGCCCCGACGGCGGCCACGUGGAGGGCUUGGUGCAGUCGCCGCCGUCCAGGCCCGGGCCUCGGCUGGGCGAGGACAUGGAGGCCUACGUGCUGCAGCCGGCGCCUCAGGGCCACGUGGUGCAGUGCCGCAUCAGCCGCAACAAGCGCGGCGUGGACCGCGGCAUGUUCCCCUUCUACCACCUCUACCUGGAGGCCGAGGAAGGCCUGAAGCACUUCCUCCUGGCUGGGCGGAAGAGGAGAAGGAGCAAAACCUCCAAUUACCUAAUCUCCCUGGACCCCACAGACCUGUCCCGGGACGGCGACAACUUUGUGGGCAAAGUCAGAUCUAACAUCUUGGGCACCAAGUUCACCAUCUUCGACAACGGGGUGAAUCCCGAACGAAGGUAUUUGACCCCGGGGACUUCCCGGAUCCGAGAGGAGCUGGGAGUCGUGUGUUACGAGACCAACGUCCUGGGAUUCCGGGGGCCUCGGAAAAUGACCGUGAUCAUCCCUGGAAUGGACAGGAAGAACCAGAGGAUCAGAGUCCAGCCCCAAAAUGAACAGGAGUCCCUCCUGGGUCGCUUUCAACGCGGAGCCAAACAGGGGCUGGUCCUGCUGCAAAACAAGUCUCCGUCGUGGAGCGAAGAGAACGGCGCCUACGUGCUCAAUUUUCACGGCCGCGUUACGCGCGCCUCCAUCAAGAACUUCCAGAUGGUGCGCCCAGAUGACCCGAACUGCCUGGUGCUGCAGUUUGGCCGGGUGGCCCCAGACACGUUCACCAUGGACUUCCGCUUCCCGCUUUGCCCGCUUCAAGCCUUCGCCAUCUGCUUGUCCAGUUUCGAUGGGAAACUGGCUUGUGAGUAACUCAAUAAAUACCAUUCCCCCGCCAGCCUGGGCACGCCUGCUUCUGCACCGUCUUAGGACCAACACGUACUAGAUGCCGCCUGGGGUCAGUCCUGGCCCUGGGCAGCGAAGGCACCUACCCCAUGGGGUCCCCAAUUACAGGAGCUGGGCCCCGAACAGUGAAAGACGAAGUGCCCGGGCCAGCGCACUGAGCAAGCCUGGGGGGUCAGAGCAGGGCACGCUUUUACUAACGGGACGUUUGGGGUCAAGGGUGGGAGCCUUAGGCAGUGGGCGGAGCUCUCGUGCAGGUGCGGCAAGGGGAAGGCAGGCGUGGCCAUCUGAGGUGAGGACAGCGUCGUAGAGGCCUGGGGAGUCCGUGGACAGGGCAGGGCGUGAGGCUGCAUGUUCGGGCCACUU